AUGUACGCCUCAGAGCACAUCUUCGAUGCCUUCACUGAUCCCAUGUCAUUCUCUAAGGAGUUGGAGGUGGCUUUGGAUUAUGUUGCAAAGCAGCCUCAGCAAUUAAGCUCUUACGGGCCACACGCCCUGACUUGCGUGGCUCUGGCAGCCGUCAGCGCGCCAAGCAUCCAAUGGGACAGUUUGUAUGCUGCCUGUCGUCAAAUAGCAAAGAAAGGCUUGCGACAUGCCUCUCCGGCUUCGCUAACGCGCCUGUGCUGGGUGCUGGCAUGUGCGGUGCACCGCGAUGAAGAAUUAUUAGCUACAAUCGGCGAGGAGAUCGCUGAACGGCCCUCCGACUUUCAAGUGGAAGAGUUGGCCAAGUGUGUGUAUGCCUACUCUGAACUGAAGGUUUUCCAUGAAAGUAUGCUGGCCGCUGCCACCGUGGAAUUGAUGUGGAGGAUUGACCAAUUGAGUGCGAGGAGCCUAGCGCAUGUCGCAGUGGCUAUGGCGCGCUUAAACUAUUGCAAGCAGCCUAUGUUCGAUUGGUUGGCCAACAGCAUCUGCCGGAGACCCGAGCGCACGUUGGACGACCUGUCUUCUGUUGUCUGGGCAUUUGCCAAAGCCUCCGUUCAGCAUGAAAGGCUCUGUCAGGUGGCUGCCCAAGCCGCGUCAAGCGCAGACGCCCAUACUUUGACUGAGGAGCAGCACGCACGACUCAUGUGGGCAUUUGGGAAGCCAAACUUGGAAGCACCAGCUGUUGGACUGCCUAGGCCCCUGUUCCAUGUAGGGCUGGCAAAUGCCCAGCAAGUCUGUGAUGACAUGACCCCCAAGGAUGUGCCAAAGGAUGCAUAG